AUGGAUGAGGAAGAAUUACUGCUGGAAACACCGAGCACAUUUGACGUUAGUAACCUAAGUGAACUGGAUGAAUCGGCAAUUUUGGGUGAUGACGAUAUUCAGGAGGAAGGAAGCAUAAAAGACGAAAUUGUGGAACAUCAUGAAGAAACCGAAGAACUUGAUUAUGACGAAGAUUUGGAAGCCGAGAAAGCGCCACGUUCAUCUAAGUUUACUUCUGAGCGGGCACUAAUGCAGAGGCGUUCAUUACUGAAUGAAGCAUCGGCUAAAAGGGAAGAUCAAAAUCGGAGUGCCCCAACAAACAAUAUUUCAGCCGGCAAAUCGGUUGAACCGAUAAAUUUGGAGGAAAUCUCAUCUCCAGCAUCUCAAGUACAAUCGAUGAACAAUACAAUAAAAGGCACAACUCGUGCACCGAAAGUUUUCAUCAAUCCUCAUCACAGGGGCGUUAUCAGACCACAAGGAUCAGCAUCACACACCUUGCCACUGCCAUGGGAAACGGCAGUCAGAGUUCCUAAUGUACCGGGCUUACGACAUCCGGCAACUCUUCCACUACCGAAUAGCGUCGCAAUAUUACCACAAGUGUCACAUUCUGUUCCUUUUCCUAUUGUUCCAUCAUCAUCCGCGGAUUUUUCGCGCCCACCACCGCAAAUAGUGCCACUUCCGAAUUAUUCAACACCACCUCCAUCUGUUUAUCCUAAUCAAUUUGUGGCAGAAUCUCAUGGCUUGAUCCCAUCCGUUGGACAGUGGGAUCAAAUGGUGGAAGGCUUUUUGCGUCGUACAACAGCUCGUAGCAGAUCUCGCUUCUCACGUUCACCACGUUCUUCUUCUUCUUCACGUUCAAGAUCGCGUUCGUAUUCAUCGCAUUCCUCAAGUUCUACCAUCUCUUCGCGUUCCUCAUCACGUUCACCUUACCGCCGAGUUCAUUCACACAGUCACCGUUCAUCUUCACGUCGUCCGCCUAAUUAUCGUUCAAGGAAUGAAGUGAUACGUCGACGUCCCGGAGACCAUUUGAGGCAGUCUGGUGAUGGUCGCAGAGAAUCAGCAUAUCAUUCUGAUCGUACUAGAAGUCGUGCAAAUGAUGUAGCGAAGCAGGAAAAGACUAUUGAGUGUGCGAAAGCGAUUGGUUUAGAUAGUGAAUAUUUGACAAAGCUGGAGGAGCAGAAGAAAAUGCGGGAAGUGAUUUUACGAAAAAAAGAAGAACGACGCAUUCAAACCGUUCAACGUCUUGGAGGACCAAUUUCUAUAUCCGAUCAGAAAUCUGUUCGACAAUUGGAUCGUACCGGUAAUUUUAGUGAACGACGAAAUCAGCGCAGUCGAAGAAUGGAUGAAGAGCAUUCCAGUAGACGGAAAUUUGAUACUAAGACACGAAAAAGUAGUGGAAUUCGAAACGGCAGAAAGGAGCCUUCGACUGGCACAAGCAGUGAAGUUCCACGAGAAAUCGUCAAUAGUGGUCGACUGGAAGCAUUAGUUAGUGCGGAAAAGGCUAUAGAUACUAAUAGUAGUAUCAUACAAAAGAUAGAACCGGCAACAACAGGAAAUGUACCCAAUAUAGAACAAACAGCAGCAGGAGCUUCUGCUGCUGCAACAGCUGCAGUCACAUCAAUUCGUCGUGCCAAACGAGAAAACGAACAGAAUCCGGAACGAUCACGGAAGAAAAAGGCUUAUUUGGCUGUUGUUGUAAACUCAUUGAAUCAGGCUCCAAUCAAUGUGGACAAAAUAAAGAUCAUUGCAGAGACUGUUGGGCGCACUAAGAAAGUGUGGCGAUCUUCGGAGAAUACGGUGUCGCUUAUUUUUGAGGAACAUGAGAGCGCGAAGAAAUUUAUGUUUCAUUAUCACAAUCGAGUAAUCCAUGGUGUACAACUUGCUGUAACGCUGCAGAAACUGUUCGCUAAUUUGACGGAACUUCCAUGA